CUGGGAUCUGCAAAGCCGGCGUCUGCAAGGAUAAUAUACCCAUCCAUCAGUCCCUUCCCAUCAAAAAUCUCAGAACAGACCGUCUCCUUUGAGCUGCCACAAAGCACUCAAGACCUAAACUAACACAAACUAUAAUCCACUUCCCUCUUCACCCCACUCCAUCCCACAAUGAAGAUCAACUUCCUCAUCGUCCUCCUUACCGCUGCCGUCAGCGUGCUCGCCAGCCCCGAAGCAAACCUCGACGGCAACCUCGCCGCGCGAUCUGGCACUUGCCACAAACCUAGCUCGCGCAGCAAGUUCUGGGCUGGCAAAUGCGAGCAGUACUGCGAUCCUAACAAGUCCUCUCAUAUGACGGGCAACGGCUGCAAUAGGUUCGCCCAGAAGUGCUGCUGUGAUACGACCAAGGCUCAAACUUGGGUAUUUGAGUCGGGUUUCAGGGUAAUGGUGGGUGGAACGUAGGAGGAUUAAGGGGUGUUUUAUUAAAAUGAUUCGUUAAUGGGAGGCACCUG